GACACAAAAUCAAAUGACAAUCAGAUGGAUGGUAAAAACGUAAUAAAACAUCCCUCUAAGACCAUUAUUGUAAGCUCCCACGUUAGCAGAUUCUGUCUUUCUUCAAGUUCUUCAACGGUUCCUGCUUUCAAGCCCUGCUUGCCACUUGAACAAAAACCAGAACUCAAGAACACACGUAAAAGAACCCCAAGCCAACAUUGAAUGUAGCUAAAAAGGCAGUGAUGGAAGCAGCAAGAAAAAAAUUAACAAGGGUUCUUUCAAGAACCUUCAUUAGUAAUGUUAAAGACAAAGCUCAGAGGGUAAUGGGAUCUGGGUCUUCUUUUAAGGGGCUGGCCAAGUAUUCAACAUCUGCAGCUGCAGUAGUGAAGGAUUAUGAGGAUUAUAGGAAGUCUUUGUAUGGUGAUAUUACACAUAAAGCUUUGCUUGUUGACGCUGUUGGUACUCUUGUGGUUCCCUCACAGCCUAUGGCUCAGAUAUAUAGACAGAUAGGGGAGAAGUACGGAGUGGAGUACUCCGAGGAUGAGAUACUAAGAAGAUACAGAUGGGCUUAUGGGCAGCCUUGGGGCAGAUCUCGUCUCAGAUAUGUAAAUGAUGGGAGGCCCUUCUGGCAGUAUAUAGUCAGUUCUUCCACCGGCUGCUCAGAUACUCAGUACUUUGAAGAGCUUUAUAACUACUAUACCACUGAAAAGGCCUGGCACCUCUGUGAUCCUGAUGCUGAGAAAGUGUUUGAGGCCAUUAAAAAGGCAGGUGUAAAAUUGGCUGUUGUGUCAAACUUUGACACCCGACUUAGACCUCUUUUGCGGGCUUUAAACUGUGAUCACUGGUUUGAUGCUGUGGCAGUUUCAGCUGAAGUUGCAGCAGAGAAGCCAAAUCCAACAAUAUUUCUAAAAGCUUGCGAGUUGUUGGAAGUAAAACCAGAAGAUGCUGUGCAUGUAGGGGAUGAUCGUAGGAAUGAUAUAUGGGGUGCGAGAGAUGCAGGAUGCGAUGCUUGGCUUUGGGGAAGUGAUGUCCACUCCUUCAAGGAGGAUUCGAUUACUAGAACCUCUCAUAAUGAGAUGGAGACAGGAAUGCAGUUUUUGCAGGGGAAUUAGAAAUCAACCCCAUUUAUCCUUUUAGUCGCACAGAGGAUGGGUGUGCACGUUUGAGAGAGUUUUUCUUACAUGACAAUCCUUAAGAGGCUUCCCUUCUGUACAGUUUUACCUCAACUUUUAGGAAGAGGUUGUGCAUAGUGUUCUCAACUGUAGUCUGUAGUUAAGAAAAAGCUGCUGCUAUAAUAACUACUGUAAGACGAGAACAGAUAACAAUGAAGGUAGUGAGGGAUAGAACAGCCUUUUCUUUGCCAAAUA